AUGUCGCACUUAUUGCAACACGGCAUUAUCACGCCUGAGCCCUCCAUGCCAUCGAGUCCGACACUCUCGCCCGCCGUCGUCUCACCCACCACGGCCACCAACCGUCAUGUGCACUCGAACGACGACGCCUCCAAUGUCGAUCUGACAGAGCUCACCCGUCUGUUGCAGAAAGCUGCCUCUUCUCGGUCCACCCGCGCCCUCCACAUGGUGGCUACUAAAAAAGAACAACAACGUCCAAAACUGUCACAUCGUAACGCUUGCGCCAAAUUGCCACCGCAAUUCAUCUUUAAACGUCCAGAAUACAAUGAACUUUAUCAUCGCACCCAUUUCCAUCAUUAUCAGCAUCAUAUCAACCAUUCUACAAGCAGUAGUAGUAUCAACAGCAACAACAGCAGCUGCAGUAGUAGUAUAGCAGACGAUACAUUUGGCAACCACUUUCGCCAAGAUAUUGAGGGGCGAUACGGCAAAUGGGGCCGCUUUAUUGGCAAAGGUGCCGGAGGAUCGGUACGAUUAAUACAGCGCUCGGAGGCGGACAGUAAACCUGUUGCAGUCAAGCAAUUCCGGAAACGGCUACCGCACGAAACCGACAAGGACUACAUCAAAAAGGUCACUGCCGAAUUCUGUAUCGGAUCGACACUGCAUCAUCCAAACGUUAUCAAGACGUUGGACAUGAUUCAGGAUGGCCCGCAUUUCUAUGAAAUCAUGGAGUAUUGUCCCAAUGAUUUGUUCAAUGUUGUCAAGAGUGGCAUGAUGUCCCGCGAAGAAAUGGUCUGUUGUUGGCGCCAGCUCUUGAAUGGGUUGGAGUAUCUGCAUGGCAUGGGCAUUGCCCAUCGCGAUCUCAAGCUCGAUAACUUGGUUUUGGACCAGAGCGGCAUGCUCAAGAUUAUCGAUUUCGGAUGCUCGUGCGUGUUCAAGUAUCCUUUUGAAAACACCAUCGUCAUGUCCAGAGGCAUCUUGGGUUCUGACCCAUAUAUUGCACCAGAACAAUACACUCAGCAAACGUACGACCCUCGACAGUCAGAUGUAUGGUCAUGCGCGAUUAUCUUUUUUUGCAUGAUCAUUGCCAGGUUUCCCUGGCGAGUGGCACGGCCCUGCGAUCGCGCCUUUCGCGCAUUUGCCACCAACCACAACCAACAACAGUUCCGUAUGUUGAAGCUCUUGCCGCGUGAGGCACGGCCCAUCAUGGCCAGUCUGUUGGAUCUCGAUCCAUCCCGUCGUCCGACGCUCAAACAGGUUUUGCAGGACAACUGGGUCCAAAAGAUCGAUGUCUGUUCCCUCCAAGAGCCUGGUGCGCAUCAUGUUCACCAUGUCUAUGAAACCACGCCGGCUAUUGCCAAAGAACGUGGUAAUGUUGUCGUCAUUACGAAUGAGCCUCCAGGUGUGAUUACUGCUCGAGAAAAACGGAAACAACAGCAACAACAGCAAUCAACUCCACAACAAGCAAAGAGUCGGGGUACCAGCAGUAGUAGCAGCAGUAGCAGUAGCGGAAGCAGCAACAGCGGCAGCAGACCAGGAUCGCCAAGUCAUAUUCCUGCUCGAAGAAGACUGAUACCAGCAGCCUGA